AUGCAGUAUCGUUUAUAUUGUUGUUCAUCUCUUCCUAUUCGAUCUAUACAAUGUGUUAUUCGACUUUUAUCAAGUUCCAAUGGAGAAAAGGCGCUUCGUCACACUUCGACAGAAAAUCGUACAGUAAAAUGGCAUAAAAACGGACUUAACCGACCUUUAUUACCCGGCAAGAGUAAUUUUGAAAAGCGCAAUAUUUUUCUUAUGGGACCUCCAGGUAGCGGGAAAACAACUGUCGGACAGGAAUUAGCUCUUCUAUUGAAUAAACCUCUAAUCGAUAUUGAUAACAACUGGCUUGAGCCACGAUGGAAAACAACUGUUGCAUCAAAACUACUUGAACUUGGUGAUGAACAAUUUCUUGAAGCUGAGGGUCGUGAACUAUUAGCGUUCAAUCAUGAAAAUUAUAUAGUAUCAUUAACAGGUUCUAAUUCAUUACAUGCUGAAUCCAUGGAGUAUAUCUCUCGACUCGGCAUCAUUGUCUAUUUGGAUGCAUCUCGAGAAGCAAUCUUAAAUCGUUGCCACAAAAUGCGUGUUAACCGUAUUGUGGGGCAGCGAACAAAAACCUUGAAUGAUAUUCUUGCGUUGCGUGAAAAUAUUUAUGAAAACUCGUAUGAUAUAAGAAUAAUCAUAGGUAAAGAUGAAACACAGAAGGAUAUAGCAAAAAAAAUUCAAAGUCAACUACAACAACAAUCAAAGUUUUAUGAAACAACUCGAAAUGGAUAUACAAAAAAUAAUCAACAGUUUCUCGAUACUAUUCAAAAAGGACUUGCAUCUGACGGUGGACUUUUUGUUACUCGUUCAUUUAGUCCACUAGCUCUUGAUGAAUUACAACGUUUAGUUAAUUUAUCAUACCCAGAAAUAGCUUUGCGUAUCAUGGAACGAUUUCCACUGGGUACUUUUCAUCCAUCUCAUUUACGUUAUUUACUUUCACAAGCUUAUUCAACAUUUGAUAAAAACACUUUACCAGUUCGACGUCUACGAAAAAAUCAAUAUUUAAUAGAAACUUUUCAUGGACCAACAGCAUCAUUUAAAGAUUUAAGUCUUCAAUUAUUACCUCGUUUGAUGCAAGCAGCAACAGAACUAACAUCCAAUGAUGAAACUAAAUCAAAUCGUUUCGGUCUUCUUGUUGCGACUUCCGGUGAUACAGGCUGUGCAGUACUUGAUGCUUUUGCGCGAUUGCCAGGAACACCUAUUGUUGUUCUCUAUCCAAAUACAGGUGUAUCAACUAUACAAAAAGCACAAAUGCAAACAGCAUCCAAUGACGUUUGUGUUUUAGGUGUCGAUGCUGAUUUUGAUUUUUGUCAAACAAUGGUUAAAGAUCUUCUCAAUGAUAAAAGUUUUCUUGCUGAUGUUAAUCAACUUUUGCCUGGUCUACAUUUAUCAUCUGCUAAUAGUAUUAAUUGGGCACGAUUUUUACCUCAAGUUGUAUUUACUAUAAGCUCUUAUUUACAACUUAUUGAACAAGGUGUAAUUCGCUUAGGUGAACAGGUCGACGUUUGUAUACCAACAGGGAAUUUUGGUAAUAUGCUUGGUGCAUUUUAUGCUCAGCAAUUAGGUUUACCUCUUCGGCGUUUAAUAACAGCAUCCAAUGAAAAUAAUGUUAUUACUGAUUUUAUUCAAACAGGUUCAUACGAUUUGCGAAAUAGAUUAUUUCAUAAAACAAUAAGUCCAAGUAUCGAUAUAUUGAUUAGUUCCAAUCUUGAGCGAUUUAUAUAUCUAUUAUCGAAAGGAAACUUUUCCAUGGUCCAAAAAUUGUUUAAUAAACUUGCACGUGAUCGUUAUUUUAAUAUUGAUUCGAGUUUGUUAAAACAAAUUCAAUCGAAAAUUCAAGGCGGUUGGGCAAAUGAAAACCAGUGUAUCGAGAUGAUUAAAAAAGUUUACGAUGAAACUCAACAAUUAAUUGAUCCGCAUACAGCUGUAGCUCUACAUGUCGCAGACAGUUUUUCAAAACAUGAUAAUGUACCAAUGCUGAUAUCGGCUACAGCUCACUAUGGAAAAUUUCCUCAGACAAUAUUAAAUGCUGUAGGCAGUAAUGAACAAUCGUUAUCAUCAUCAAAUGAUAUAUCAACAUUAUUGGAAAAUUUACGGACAUUAAAAUUAACGCCGCCUAUGCAUCAUGAAUUGCUUAAUUUACCAAAGAAAUCUGUUAUACACACCAAGAUAGUGGCAGCGACGAAAUCAGCUAUUAUUAAAGAAAUUAAGACAUAUUUAGAACGAUUUUCUAAACAACAAAUCCCAGUUUUUAGGUAUUAA